AUGCCAACCCUCCCCUCCGAAGAGAAUCACUCAGAGCCGCGAGGCAGUUUGACGGACAAAGUGGCCAAAGAAUCCAGCGACUCAACCGCCUCGGACCAUCCCAUCCACGACAAGGCGCAGGCUCAUCAUCACCAAGGCAAGGGACCCCAGAUCAGCGACAAUAUCCCUACCACGGCCGAGGGCUCAAAGGAGGAACUCCAGGCUAAGGCUAAAGAGUUGAACAAGUAA